AUGCAGAAACUCUCACCAAAUGACAUUUCACGAAAUCUGGAGAUACCAAAUGGGGCUCUUGACUUGCCUCCUGGAAAUGCCAUCAUGCAUGUACUGGACCCAAAUGGAGACACCACCUGGGAGUUUAAAUGUUCAACAAGGAGCAACGGUCGGCGCUUGAUGACAUACCAGUGGAUUGAUUUUACAAAGAAGAAGGAACUUGGGCCCGAUGACAUACUCCGAUUCUAUCGGUGGACGAAUGGAGAUGGGUAUUUCAUGGAGCUUGAACGCCAUAGCAUCCGGCUCUUUGGUGUGACCAUAUACAUCGGCUGA